AUGAAUCAUGGAUUCAUGCAAGAGGAGUUGGAUCAGUUUUCUCACAAUGAAGUUUGGACUCUUGUUCCUAGACCGAGCCAUGCAAAUGUCAUUGGAACAAAAUGGAUAUUCAAAAACAAGAGUGAUGAAUUUGGCACCAUUGUCAGGAACAAAGCAAGAUUGCAAAUGCAAGAUGAAUUUGAAAUGAGUAUGGUAGGUGAACUCACCUAUUUUUUGGGUCUUCAGGUUAAGCAAUCUACGGAUGAUGAACAUGGAGUAAAGGUAGAUCCAACACUAUACAAAAGUAUGAUUGGUAGUUUGCUUUAUCUUACUGCUAGUCGUCUUGAUAUUUGUUUUAGUGUUGGUCUGUGUGCUCGUUAUCAAGGAAAUCCCAUGGAGUCUCAUAUUACUGCUAGGAAAAGAAUCAUUCGCUAUGUAAAUAGCACUCUUGAUUUUGGGAUUUGGUAUGCCAAGGAUACCAAUUCUAACUUGAUUUGUUUUAGUGAUGCUGACUGGGUAGGUAAUGCUGAUGAUAGAAAAAACACUAGUGGAGGAUGUUUCUAUCUGGGAAACAAUCUUGUUUCAUGGUACAGCAAAAAACAAAACUCAAUUUCUCUGUCAACUACAGAAGCUGAGUACAUUGCUGUGGAUAGUUGUUAUACUCAACUGUUAUGGAUGAAACAAAUGAUGAUUCUUCUUGGGUAUUUACUUCCAAAAUAUUUUGUCAAUCAAAGUGCCAAAGGGGGAGAUUUUAUGUUAUGA